AAGUAUAACAUUUGAUUUACUUCCCUGGUUGUCGUUAUUCGUGUUGUGUGUUUUAAGGAAGAGGAUUAAGGACGUUUAGUUUUGGAAUAAUCCAGCAGUUACCAAUCGUGAGAUGGCUCGUACCAAGCAGACCGCCCGUAAGUCCACCGGAGGAAAGGCGCCAAGGAAACAGCUCGCCACAAAGGCAGCCAGGAAAAGCGCGCCAUCCACCGGAGGAGUGAAGAAACCCCAUCGUUACAGGCCAGGAACUGUGGCCCUGCGUGAGAUCCGUCGUUACCAGAAGUCUACUGAGCUGCUGAUCCGCAAGCUGCCCUUCCAGCGCCUGGUGAGAGAAAUCGCCCAGGACUUCAAGACUGACCUGCGUUUCCAGAGUGCUGCCAUUGGAGCUCUUCAGGAGGCCAGCGAAGCAUACCUGGUGGGUCUGUUUGAGGACACCAACCUGUGUGCCAUCCACGCCAAGCGUGUCACCAUCAUGCCCAAAGACAUUCAGCUGGCCCGCAGGAUAAGGGGAGAGAGGGCUUAAAUGGCACCCGCUCCAGACAUAAUCCUAUUUAUCAUCCUUAACCAUUUCUUGAGUAUUUUUGUUUUGUUUUUUUGUAAUGUGUUUUGAGAUCAGUCAUUCCACAAACCCCAAUUCAGAUCUGGCCAGUGUGCAGACAGAGAAAUGUAGGAAUAUCUGCUUCAAUUGCAAAUGAGGCUUUUUUUUUUUUUUUUUUUUUUUUUUUUUUUUUUAUAUACACAUUGAGUAGAGGAUAGUGUAUUACAUGACUGUUUCACCACCGUAUUGACUGUUCAGUCAGAUCUCCUCUUCACAUGUUAACUGGCUCAUUUUGGGUCCUGGUGGAUAGUAUAGGCUCCAGAUGAGGUUGGAGCUCUUGCUUGUGGUGUCUGAAUUCUUCUCUCAGCUUCCAGGGGAUGGGGUGUUCCGGGUCUUUCAUCAAUUUCCACCCUCUCUGUCAGCAUGUCUUGCACAACAGCUCACUACUACUCUAUAGUGAUGUCAGGGGGGAUUUUCCUCUUGAAACUGUCUGACGGCCAAGAGCAUGACAGACCCCCUGUAUAUUCUGGACUGCUUUUUACAUGUUAUUUUUCCAAAAUACAAAACCAUGGCAGCUACAUUUAAUACUAUUUAUGAAAGUGUUGUCACAUUGUAGUCUUUCUAUUAAAUGUCUUUGAGUAAA